AUGGCCGAAAAGGCGACGGCCGGAACCACAGCAGCCGAAGGAGCAGCGAUUGAAAGCACGGCGCCCGAAGACGCAACGCCACAAGGCCCAACGAGCCUCUUCGACCUCGAGUUGAUCAAAGAGAGAAGACUUUCAGAUCAGGACAGAGCCAUUCUCGACGCACUUUGCGGGGCACCAAAUACCACACCGUGGGACAUCGCUUACCAACUCGACUGGCUUUGCCCUCUACUCGAAGAGAAGAAGGAGGCCGAAUACUAUUUCUGGCGGCUCUGGGGGAUUAUUGUCGAUAUCGCUCGUAGCCCUGGUGUUACAGAUGAGAUCCAGGAAUACCUCGUGCUUAUUCUCCGCAGUCUGGAGCAGCAGGCAAAGGGAGAUAUGAUCGUCUGGGGCAUCGAGAAACGUGUAUGGGCCGACUUACCUCUAUUCCCGCAGUACAUGGAAUUGUACUUUCAAGAUCCCCUCCUAGAGGGAACCUAUACCCCCAAAUCUGCACAGAUCUGGCGAAAUUUGAAUCUCUUUGGGGCUCGGUGCCUUAGGGUAAAUUUACUAGGGGCGUAUCUUCGAGCCACAGAUGCCCUACGACAUGCCCUCGAAGAGGACCUGCGCGCACACAACGACGUAUCCAUCAGGGAAUGGAGGCUGCAGGUCGCCUGCGACUGGAUCCCCCACGCCUCUGUGUGUCUUCUAGGAUGGGCGCUGGAGAACGUUGGCCACACCGAUCUCACGCCAGAGGACGGCUUACAAUACAUAGAAGGUGGGCCGUUGUACCACGGGCCACCCGCUGUAUGUUUGCAACGAUGGGGCUUCUGGAUCGAGCGCUUCGAAGCGCUGGGGAAGGACGAGUCCCUCGGAUUGAGCGAGGAGAUUCGCCAGGUUGCUGUCCUAGCAGCGCAGACCAUGGUGGCUGUUGAGAAGCGGAUGGCCAACACUUUGUCGACAUGA